AUGCCUGGUUUGGAGAUUCCAGGUGAGUUCCUGCGCCAUGCUGUUCUUGACACAGUUGUGCCCCAUGCGCCUGCCUUUGACAUCGAAGGCGCCCUGAGCUCGGCCCUGGAGGGCGGAGCUGAUGAUCUCCCCUCCGUGCUCUCGUCAAUUCCUCAACGGACACAAUUAUUUUAUGAUGAAUUUCUUCCCGUGCGCAUUGUUCUGAGACUCUCUGAUUGCUCUGAAGCCGUUCUGAAGCAUUACCUACCGCGCCUGGAAGUCAGGUUGGAUGUCUUUGCUGUCGACCCAGCAGAAUCGGUUGGUGAAAACCCUACGCCAACUCGGGACAUUAUAUUUUCGGGUGUUGUUGGUGGAGACGAGGAUCCCAUAGUUGUCUUCAAUGAGUUUGAAGGCGACGAAGGGAGUGGAAACCAUGUUUACCUUGUUUGGAACAUUGAGACUACACUAAAACGUCCUCGCAUCCGAAUUCAACACCCGUCCCUUUUAUUCAUUGCCUCUGCCAGCCUGAACCCGUCUGAUGGCAUCAAUCAAGAUGAUUCGGAAGAUGACUAUCUUCCCUCACUUAUCCCUGCAUCGACGAACAUGCUUCAACCCUUAUCCGGCGACAAAUCUCUCAAUCACAAAGAACCAUUUCUUCCAGCUUCCAGGCUUCUACGGGUCGUUCCAACGACCUACGACGAGGAGCCUAUCUACAACAUACAGCAACAACAUGGCCACCCUUUUCGUGUCGUACCUGCCGCGAGUGCUAGAAUUCGAUACUCUCGACUGAACUCCUACACUGGCGUCCCUCUGACGGCUGCAAGCUUAGACUUCGAGGUCACCCCUUAUCUUACUAGCGAGGUUUCAUUCAACAAGGCGGAUGUUCAACUGUCAGAAGGAACGAUUGAGUCAAUGUCAGAUGCACCGGGUCUUGCUCUGCCACUUGUAUGCCGUCCCAGAGAUGAUGUCACACUCAUGUACAAACUCACGCCAGAAUAUGGCCCUGAGACCAACCCAUCAUCGACUGCCAUAGUGAGCACGCUGGCGAUAUCCCUCGAGGCAACAAUUUUGGUUGACGAUGACUGCCAACCACGGAUUUCCAUGCAAUGGAAGACAAAUGUCGAUUUCUCAGUCGCCCUCAAUCCUACGUUUGGGGGACCUAGCCCAGCGCUGCAACGGACUAACCGCCCCACCAAUCUGUCUGUUUCAACUCAAGGGGGUAUUCCAGCGCCUUCUAACAGGAGUUCACUCCGCGAACGAGCAUACUCUGUCACAGAUGUGGGAGUCACCAUCUCCUUCACUGGGCCCGUACGUGUACAGGUUGGCACUGCCUUCUCCUGGAGCGUAUUUAUUGUCAAUCGGUCCAACAUGCCUCGCAAGUUUGCUUUGAUCGCUAUUCCACGACGGAAACGCGUAGACCCACGCGGACAUGUCGCGCGACCUUCGUCUUCCUCUAUCACCAGUCGGAAAGAAGACCAAGUAGCGGAGGCUGUUACUGAUGACAAUAUCGUCCAUGCUAGGCAAAAGAGCGUUGCUGGACAAGAGGUUGAGUUGAUCAGCUUGAGUACAGAUAUCCGUGUCGGUCCUCUUCUACCAGGAACCUGCCACUCAACAGAAAUCAAACUCCUCCCCUUGGCCACAGGCCCGCUUCACUUAGAAGCAAUCCGGUUGGUGGAUGUGAACACGAACGAAACGACCGACAUUCGAGAUCUUCCGGAUAUACUCGCGGAUGAUCAGCCACGCUCUUGA